CCCGCCUGGGCAUCAACGUCUGCCGGGCAGGUUUCAAGAGCCGAGAGCCGGCGAGCAGCGGGGGAGCCCCUCGCUCACAGCCCGCAGCUCCAGCCUCCGCCCCCAGCCCCCGCAGCCGGUACCCCCGCCCCGCAGCCGCCCCGACUCAUCCUCCGCGGCCCCGGGGCAGCGGGAGGCGCAAGGGGAUGGGGACUGGAGAGGCGAGGAGGAGGAGAAGGAGCGGGGGAGCUGCCUCCCCUUGCGGCACGCACCAGUAACCAACCGCCCGGGCCGGGGAGCCGCCGCGGCCCCGCCGCCCCUCCGCGCACGGCGGCGGGGAACCCCCGCACCCCCACUGCCGCCGAGCAGCAGCCUGAGGCUGCGGCUGCCAUAGCGACGCUGAGGACGCCGGCGCCGAGCGGAGCGCGGGGUACGGAGCCCGGACAUGCCCUUCACCGAGCGCGCCUACUACCCGCCGCCGGCGGGGGGAACCGGGGCCGGCGCGGGGCCGGCGCCGUUUCCCGCCUUCCAGUUCCGCGGCCGCCAUGAGGGCCCGGACUGGCGGCGGCUGAGCGCCGUGGACGUGGGCCGAGUGUCGCGGGAGGGGGACGUGGCGGCCCUGCAGGAGCACCUGGAGCACGUCACCUUCUGCAGCGCCGAGCGGGAGCGCUGCCCCCACUGCCAGGGCCCCGCCGACCCGCUGCUGCUCAAGCUGCUGCGCCUGGCGCAGCUCUGCACCGAGUACCUGCUGCACUCGCAGGAGUUCCUCAGCGCCCAGCUCGGCAGCCUGGAGGAGGCCCUGCGGACGGCCCAGGCCCAGCGCGACCAGCUGGGCAAGGAGGUGGCCCAGCGCCUGCAGGAGAUCAAGGGGCUCAAGGAGGAGUGCCGCCGCAGGAAGAAGAUGAUCAGCACCCAGCAGAUGAUGCUGGAGGCCCGAGCCAGCUACCACCAGUGUCAGUUUUGUGAAAAGGCUUUCAUGAACUAUUCCUUUUUACAAAGUCACAUGCAAAGGCGUCAUCCGGAAGAAUCUCAGAUUGAGCAGAAGAGGAAAGCAAAGACAGACAAAUUGCAGGAUGAGAUUGAUAAACUGAAGGAGCAGUUGCAGCUCACCAGGUCUCAGCUAGAGGCUGAACAACAGGCUAAUAUGGUCAGGUUUUCUAAGGAGUGUGAACAGCAAAAAUCAAAAGAGGAAGAAAUUCUACAGUCAUUUCAUAAAUGGAAAGAGGAGGAAAAAGAGAAAUUGGCUGAUGAAAUAGAAAAAGUGAAACAGAUGUUUAUGAAAGAGCUUAAGGAGUUAUCUUCAAGAAAUUCAACAUUAGAAAAUCAACUGUUAGAAUUACAAAAGUCCAAUAUGCAACAAAAGUCCAAUUUAGGGACACUGAAAGACAGCCAAGAAUUUAUGGAAGAGAAACCUCAGAGUCCUCAGGAUUAUCACAAUGUGGUUAAGCUUCUUGAAAAACAGGAAAGUAAGUGGACAUCUAGAAUACAAGCCCUUCGUCAUGACCAUGCGACAGAAAAGUCACUGCUACUGUCACAGAUUGAGAAGCUCAAAUCAUCAGUGAGGGAAGACCUGAAUAAAAAUAACACCUUUUACAAGAGGAGGAUAGAAGAAUUGGGGCAGAGGCUUCAAGAGCAGAAUGAUCUGAUUAUUACUCAGAAGAAGCAGAUAAAAGAAUUGUCCACAAGAUCAGUUGCAAGCAUUAAACCAUAUGAUGUGAAUACGACUGUAGAGCAUCUUGAGGAAUCUAAACCAAGUCUGCCAUUGGCACAUGAGCAGGCACCCUUGGUGCAUAUGCUGGAACCCAUAGAGGAGCUUUCAGAAGAGGAAAAAGAAGCUGAGAAAGGUGAUCAUAAAACAGGUAGAAGCAACCACCAUUUAAUAAAUGCUUUGAAGACUGAUCCUUCUUUAACUAAAGAAUUACGAGUUGUUUUGGAGCAAGCCCUGGAGGAGAAGCUGGAAACCUUGGGAAUUAAAGCAGGUGUUCGCGGUAUCCCAAAUGAUCGCUUAAAUAAAAUUUUGCGUGCAAUUGAAUCUGCCAGAGAAUGCAAACGGAAGCAUGAGCCUGACAUUCAGCGAAUUCGAGAGCACCUUGAACGUCAAGUUAGCUUUAGGGUUGAGGAGAAAUCAUCAUCUUGUUAUAGACCCGUUUCCUAUCCUCAGCUUCCUCCGCAAGAUAAACAGAAGUUCAGUCAAUUGGGAAUUUCUGCAUCUGCCACAGCACAAAAGCCAGUAAAACGGUCUUCAACAGCCGUCCGCCCAGCUGAACAAAGAACAGCCAUCGCUCAGAAUACGUCAACACCAAAAUCCAGGAAGCCUUUUGUAAACGAAGUUUCCAGAAGGACAUCUAGUACCACAACUCCACCAUUCAGUUCAGAGGAAGAAGUAGAUGAAGAUGAUAUUAAGCAGUCUUACAUAUCACCAGAAUUAUUGGAAAAGCUGUCAAAAACAUCAAGCAGCAACGUCAGCGCUUUUCAGAAGAUUCCUGCCAAAAGCAAUAUGGAUGGGAUGGAGGAAAGUGAAAUUGAAGAAACUGGAACACCUGCCAAAACUUCAAAAGGAGCAGUUAUUCAAAAACUGACUGAACAAGUUGGAAAGAGCCUUUCUAACCAUGGAAAUAAGAACAAACCAGCUGGAGGGGUUAAUGUUGCACAGGCAUUUAUUAAGAAAGAAGAGGUGCAAGAACUGAAGUUCACAGAAGCUGAUGAAGAUGAUUGGGAUAUAUCAUCAGUAGAAGACUUUCUAUUGACGAAAGAUAAGGCUCAGAAGCCACUGACGGUUCAUAAAAAUGAGUCAAAUGCUCCUGCUGUGGUACAGGCGUGGGGUCUUCCCAAGAGAAAUGCACCAAAGGAAGAAGUCCUGCAAGAAGCUGAGAAUACAAGCACGUUAAAAAGCAGCUUAGUCACUGUAACAGAUUGGAGCGAUUCUUCGGAUGUAUAAUUGCUGCACUCCUGAUGGGAGGCGCUGCUGUCUGGGUCUGUUUCCCUUGAAAAUGUAGUUGAAAACAUCAAGUGUUUUCUCUUCAUUUCUCAUGCAGGUCAUGUAAUAAGAAGGAAAACUUUGUACAGAGCUCCUGUGUCUUUCAGUCCUGAAUUUGAAACAAGAAUAUUCAUAUGCACAUUACUGGCCAUGUCUGUUUGGAAAUUGAGAGUUAAUUCCUCUUUCUCGUGAACUUAGUGGUGAAAAUCUCUUUGAUUUCAUUGAGGUGAAGAUCUUGCCUCUAAUGUUUACAUUAAAGAUUGAAACUGGUCUUGCAAGAAAGCCUGUUAAGCAAUGAACAGAGUUUACUCCAGAGUAUUACUUUUUAAAUUUUUAGAUGCAUAUUUUCUUGGUUUUUUUAUCAUAAACUUUAUAUAGAAUUGUGAACAUUUUAAAUAAAAUAUUUCCAUCUAUGAAAAUGCUACAUUUCUAACAUGGUAUACAAUAAACACCAAAUGAAAAGAAAAACAGGCCUUAGCUUUAAAACUAGUUAUGAAAUGCCUCCUAUUUUGGGAAGGUUUUGUUGUUUUAUUUUAAAUUAGACUCGAGUCUUGGUUAACAUAAAAGCACAAAAACUGGAAAAAAUAAGCAAAUGUCAAGCUAAGGUGAGGAAAAUACUGACUUGCCAUUGCACAAAUACUUUCAUGUUUCUGUUUCGUCCAUAUUGGCUGCCUUCUUAAAAAAAAAACAAUGGUGCUUUCACUUCAGUGAAAUACAAAAAUAAAGUAACAGAAAAAGA